AGUCAGCUCAGCUCAGCUUGUGUCAAAAGAGAUGAACCCAACUUCAACAAAAGUUGUUGUAAUCAUCGCAAUUUAACCCAUGAACCAACAACCGAACAGUUUGUUCGUGUAUUUAUAUGCGAAGUAGAGAACCGAGCCGAGUGCCGAGAGAAGAGACGAAGAAAGAAGAAGUAGGUGUCUGCAGUUCGAUAGAGGAGGUAUAGGAAGAAGUGAUUUUUUGGAAGCUGGUGCAUUUGGCCAGGAAGGUACCGUACAGAGGAGAAGCAACACCAUCAAUAACCAAAAGUGAAAAGGAAGAACGAUACCUAAAUCCAUCAUAACUGUUCAAGUGCCAAUCACACACAUACAUUACGAAUCAACCGCGGCUACUGCUUGAGCAGUACAAGGUUCGUCACAGUGCCAAACACCCAAAAAAGAACUGCAAUGAUCCCAGCUGGAUAGUGCAGAUCGAUUCAGAGGGCUGCUAAUGGUUGCCAAACAGUCGGAUCGGUCAAAUGUCCGAACGUUGUUUCCGCAGUAGGCUCAAGAGAAUGAGCUCUAUCGACGGUGGGCCCAAUUGGAGGACAGUCUGUGCAAUUCGGUUUUGGAGGAGAUAAUCGCGAAGACGGGAGACGGGGGAGGGCCACUGGCCCCGGGUAGACGCAGAAACGGAGGUUGGAGGAAACUAGAACGACAUAACAGGCAGUAGAAUGGGAAGUUGUCUGACGUGCUUCAAAUCGCCACCGAAUGCGACGGUGAAUAACGUUGAGGCGAUCGACGGGAUGGUGACUGGGCCAGAAACGGCCAUCACAGAUACGGAAGCGGCUAUACAUGAAACGGACGACCUGCUGGCGGCCAGUCCGACCAGGGUGACCUCGCUGGGCUCAGAGAGAAAAAGUGGUAGUUUUAGGAAGACGCCUGGAUUACUUAAUGGGAACAUUAAUGCACUGCCGGAUGGUGGCAGUUUGCCAGGUAAAGAUCUCGCGACGCAAAUCUCCGACAACGAUCUGAACAAACUGUUCGAGGAGUACAAGGACGGCCAGGAGGACGCAAUUCUCUCCGAAGGCAUCGAGCGGCUGUGCUGUGAUCUAGGUUAUAAGCCGGACGACUUCGCCAUCCUGGUGCUGGCCUGGCGUCUGGACGCGUCCCAGAUGUGUCAGUUCACCAAGUCGGAGUUCAUCCAGGGUCUGCAGCAGAUGAACGCCGCCAGCAUCGACGACAUCAAGCUCCGGCUGGAGCAGAUCGUGGAGAAGCUCAAAACCGACUCGGAGGAGUUCAAGCUGCUGUACAGAUUCACAUUCCGGUUCGGGCUGGAACCGGGCCAUCGGAUCCUGUCGCUCGACAUGGCCAUUAGCCUGUGGCGGUUGGUGUUCACGGUGCACACCCCGGACAUCCUGCCACGGUGGUUGCACUUCCUCGAGCAGCACCAGAACAUCCGGGGCAUUCCGAAGGACACCUGGAACAUGUUUCUGAACUUUGUGGAGACCUGUGAUAUUACACAGUACGACGAUACCGAGGCGUGGCCCAGCUUAUUCGACGACUUUGUCGAGUACGAGCAGGAACGGUUGAAGCAGGCUGGAUUGAAAGGGGAAUCGGAAGGGGGUGAUGGGGGAGUGGAAGGUUCCGAGGAAGCGACCGCUGGUGUAGGGGUCCUAGAGGACGACAACAAUAAUUCAUAGUAUUGCGAAUCGAGAGCAGUGCCUUCCGACUGGUAGCGACGAUGACUCGCAACGCUCCAAUUCAGGCGAACUCUCUCACACAGACACAAACACACACACAUGUUUUAAAAUAUUUAUUACCUUUUGCUGAAAGUUUGUAGUGUUCGCGCGCGCAUUCAAUAAUCGUGUAUCCUUGUUUAUGUUCUCACCUGCCUUGAGUUGAAGUUUUUCUUUCCGCACCCAAGUCCGUCGCAUUUGGAACACACUUAAGUCGCUUAGAAAGUCUGUUCCUUAGUUUUUUUUUAAUCAGACGAAGAAGAGGAAGAUAAUGAAAAAGCCGCAAUGCACGUUGAUCAGUUGUUCGACGAAACGAAUUUUACUACUUUUAAGCAGUAUGAAUAAAUUUAACACUAUUAUAUUUGUUUUUAUACUCAUAUAGAUAUCGAAAUUUAGUGUAAUCCACAGUAACAAUUGGAAUAAAAGAAAACGAUGAACAUUUAUCGCUAAAAGCAGCAGAAAGCAUGCAUUUUUUCUGCGUUCGUUCCAAGUACAGCCAAGUUUUGCUAUGAGUUAUUCUCGCUGAAACAGAGUCUAGCAUCUACAUGAAGACUUCGAAUAGUACGUAGGUAGAUUUGUCUGCCUACUCGAUAAAAGCACAAUAGGGACGGAACCAAUUUUCAAAAUAUCAAACAUAGAAACCCCUGUCUCGCAAAGAGUCUAAAAGUUAGUGAAAAUGUAGCACGUUACUGAAAAUGAAUACAAGGAAUAGACAAAAAAAAAUUCAUUUUUUCAAACAAAACAUAUUUACAGAUUUUCAGUGCUUCUUAACAAAAGUUAAAAUUAGUUAAAGUUUUUUUUGACAAAAACGAAAAUACUGCAUUUUUAAGGGAGGCGCAUUUUCUCCAUCCCCUGUACCAUUAGACAGACCACCUUGGUAAAUUCAAACAGAGAAUUUUAGUUCACAUUUUUCAAACAGAAGAAGAAAACCAAAGAAAUUUAGGAAAAACUAAUGAAAAUUGUUGGCAAUGCGGGAGAGGGUAAAUAAUUCAAAUCAUGGAAAAGCUAGGACUCUUUAAAAAAAAUUAAUCGAAAAAAUUCUUUCGUUUAGCGACGUACACAGAUUGUAUAUGAAAAUUGCAUUCGAAGGCUUUAUGUGGAUCGUGCCCUGAUUUUAGCGGGAAUUAUUCUACAUUCUGUAGAAAAAUGAACUUUAUAUCAGCCAACUGAUGAAGACGAUAAGAGAAGAGGAGAUUUUAUGUGAUCGUAUGCUUAACCUGAUAAGGAGCAAGUCGCUGAAGCGUUUAAAAUUCUACGAGAGAAAUUUAUGUACAAGCUUUUCGGCAACUAAAUAAAAACUCGAUUCCUGCGCUCCUCAUCGCAGCUCGAACCGAACCGGACUCCGGGCGAAGAAUCGAAAUUAAUUAUUCGACUUUAAAUAAAUCAACAGAUAGAUUUUCUUUUCACAUUUUAGCUCAAAUGUAUAAUAAAUAAAAUUGUAAAACAAAUUUAAGCUAAUUAAUCGAAUAGAACACAUACUCGAGAACGCUCCUUAUUUUUCGAUAAUGUGUGAUGAAUGUCUUAGUUAGAUGAAGAAGACACAACUAGCAGUGAACGCAAAAAAAGAUAAAACAACUAGGCUAAAUUGAGAGAAAAACGAACAACAACAACAAAAAACACUACUGAACCUCUAUUUAAGAUUAUUCUAGACAAAAAAAAAAGUGGAUGAAUAAAGUCGAAAAAUGUCAAAAGAA